GCUGAUUUUUUAAUUCCAGAAAUCGGAUAGAUUUAAAAAAAGAAAAAGUGGGCCAUUAUUUACCCAUCUCCGGAUCUUUGUUUUCAGAUCCUUUACAAAAUCUCCUUCCUCUUCGGCUCGUCGCCUACCCUUUUUUAAAAAAAUUUGUGCAUAACGGAGACCAGUGAGCUUAGAGAUGGGUAAUUGCUGCUCCGACGUCGGCGGCGGGAUGGCUGCGGUAGGUGGCACCUCCUCCUCCGCUCCUACCAGCAACCAAAACGACGCGGUUGACUUGUUCUACAAAAUUCGUGGCUUCCGUGGUAGUUGCUCUCAGAUCGAGUUAUCAUUUUCUGCUACAAAUUUGCGAGACAAGGAUGUGUUCUCCAAGAGUGAUCCAAUGUUGGUGAUUUAUACAAAAGGGGGAGAUGGAGCACUUAGAGAAGUAUGUCGUACUGAAGUAGUUCUUAAUUCAUUGAGUCCUGCAUGGAUCACAAGACACAGCAUUACUUAUUAUUUUCAGAUGGUCCAAACCAUGCUGUUUCGUGUCUUUGAUGUUGACACUCAGUUUCAUAACACUGAUGUAAAGAUGCUUAAGUUGGAUGAGCAGCAAUUUCUUGGGGAGGCAAGAUGUACUUUGUCAGAGAUUGUCACCAAAUCAAACUGGUCGUUAACCUUAGAUAUUGUAGAUACAGGGGGAUCUAGCUUAUCUACUGAUCUCCAGCACCAUGGUAAGCUAACUGUCCGUGCAGAGGAAUGUGCUAGCUCCAAGACUACAGUAGAGAUGAUAUUGAGGUGUUCAGAUUUGGAAUCUAAGGAUCUCUUAUCAAGAAGCGAUCCAUUUUUGGUAAUAUCCAAGCUUGUGCAGAGUGGGGAGGUAGUUCCUUUGUGUAAAACUGAAGUCCUAAAGAAUGACACGAAGCCAACAUGGAAACCAAUAUUUUUGAAUAAUCAACAAGUUGGAAGUAAGGAAAAUCCAUUAGUAAUAGAGUGCUUUGACUUCAAUGGCAAUGGCAAGCAUGAUCUGAUUGGAAAAGUUGAGAAAUCACUUGCAGAUUUGGAAAAACUUCAUUCUAGAAGGGAAGGAGAAAAUUUGUUUUUACCAACUCUGGUUGGGCAUACUUACCAAAACAAGGUGUUAAAGAGCCAGAUUUUUGUGGAAAAAUUCUCUGAGAGUGUUCAACAUACCUUCCUUGAUUACCUGGCUAGUGGUUUUAAAUUGAACUUCAUGGUGGCUAUUGAUUUCACUGCUUCAAAUGGAAAUCCACGCCUCCCUGAUUCCUUGCAUUAUAUUGAUCCCUCUGGACGGCCCAAUGCAUACCAGAUUGCAAUCGAGGUGGUUGGAGAUGUGUUGCAGUUUUAUGAUGCAGACAAGCGCUUUCCUGCUUGGGGAUUUGGAGCACGACCCAUUGAUGGUCCAGUAUCUCAUUGUUUCAACUUGAAUGGAAGCAGUAAUAACUGUGAGGUUGAUGGAAUUCAAGGAAUUAUGAUGGCAUAUACCAGUGCUCUCUUAAAUGUUUCACUUGCUGGGCCAACACUAUUUGGACCUGUAAUUAGCAAUGCUGCACUUAUUGCCAAUCAAUCUCUUACCAAUGGUGCAAAAAAGUACUUUGUUUUGUUAAUAAUAACGGAUGGUGUAGUAACAGAUCUCCAAGAAACGAAAGAUGCCAUAGUUAAAGCGUCUGAUCUGCCAUUGUCAAUCCUCAUUGUUGGAGUUGGAGGAGCUGACUUCAAAGAAAUGGAGAUUUUAGAUGCAGACAAGGGAGAAAGGCUAGAGAGUUCAAGUGGACGUGUUGCUUCACGAGAUAUUGUCCAAUUUGUGCCGUUUCGGGAUGUACAGAGUGGAGAAAUUUCUGUGGUUCAAGAACUUCUAGCUGAACUUCCCACUCAAUUUUUAACGUACAUGCGAAGCAGAGAUAUUAAACCAACAUCUUGAUACUUAAAACCAUUGUACUUAGAAAUUACUUAUUUAUUUCUAUUUAUGGGUUUUAUUCCUUUAGUUUGCCUCUAUCUCGACCAUGGUGUGAAUGCUGCAUAUAGUUUGUAAUGGGUUUCUUCUGCAGCCCUUGUCAUCCUAUCUAGAAGGGCAGACCUUACAUUGCAUCGUGCCUGCAACAGAUGUUACGUUACCAUAUUAAAUUGACGAUGUAUCCAAUUCAACAAAAUAUCAUUCCAAGUCAUGACUCAUGAAGGCCUCCAUUGCUUCUAUUUGCUAGGUUGGCUUGAGACAGCAAAAUUCUUCAGUCUGACAAGGAGUGUGGUAAAGGUACGCAAUUACUGCCAACUUGAAGUUCUGUUUUUCUUGGUCUUGCAACCAAUCAUAAAGCGUCAGCUAAAGAAUUUCUGAUACCAAGGCACCAUUGAGAAACCAAGCUAUUGUCUUUGAAAGUUUGAACAUACUUUAGACUUAUACGAGGGAGGACCAUUGAUUCAAUUGACUUUUCAUCAUGAAUUGCUGUCUUUUCCCCGGUUUGUGAGGGGCAGACAGACUUUGAGAUUGUUGUCUAUUUGGUCUAUGUAUGGACCUAACGUGUAGAGCUCAAAUUUGGCACGAGUAACCCGUGAAUUACGUUUUGAAGAACCUACUCCUUUACUGUAUCUUUCCCUUCACGACUGAAAUUUGGUUUGUCUAGCGAUUGUUGCAUUUCUUUGUUUCAAGUUGAGUGCAAAUGUGCAAUUUGGCC